CGAUGAAGGCUCUUCAUUUGUUGUUAAGGCAUUAGUGUAAUUAGAAUAGGGGCUAUUUAGAUUAAAUUCGUCAGUCCGACACGUUGUCAUCUGUCAGCUCAAACGUCACACCCUCCUCCUCCUCCUCCUCCUCCUCCUCCUCCUGUGCCGCCCCUGCUCUACGUAACAUGCGGCACAUCGUUACGAGCCAAUGGAGCGCAGUCACUAUCUUCACUGACCUGGACUGAGGAGGGUCCGGACUCCCACUCAGCUGACAGGAGAGGACACCACCACCACCACCACCACCACAGUGCCGCCCGCCGUGCAGAUGGAGUCAGGACCGGGAGGCCGCGGCUGCCCGUCGGCACCGCUCCUGGAGCCGCCGAGCUGGAGGAAGAGCACCGGCCGGCUGGACCACUUCCUGUGACAGGAUCAUCCUCCGCUGCACCCGGAGUUUUGGAGGAAGGACACCAAGUUGAUUGAGGAAAAAGAAAAAAACAAACAAACAAACAUUCUUCAUCCUGUGUCAUGGAGCCGGAGGGUGCAGGGUAGGGGGCCAGCAGGGGGCCUCCACUGGCGAGACCAGAGCUUCACACCUGAAGUGUAACUCCACUAAGGCUAAUGGAUUUGAAGAGAGUGCUGUCCUUCCCACCAUACCCCGGGGAUUACUUGCAUCCAGUGGUGUAUGCCUGCACAGCAGUCAUGCUGCUCUGCCUGCUCGUAUCCAUCAUGACCUAUAUUGUCCACCACAGCGUGAUCCGCAUCAGCAGGAAUGGCUGGCACACACUCCUCAACUUCCUCUUUCACACCGGGCUGACGUUUGGAGUUUUUGCCGGAGGCAUCAAUCAGAUCAACUUACCUUUUGUGUGUCAGAUUGUUGGCAUUGUACUCCACUAUGCCUCUUUGUCUACCAUGCUGUGGCUGACGUUUACAGCUAGAAACAUCUGUAAAGAUGUGUCCAAAGACCCCCUUCGGAACCAGGACAGAAAUGGGUCUGCCCAGACUCACACCAAACCAACCAUCCUUAGAUUUUACCUUGUGAGCGAUGGAAUCCCUCUUAUAAUCGUCGGAGUUACAGCGGCAUUUGGAAUGGAUAACUAUGGCAGCAGGGACGACGCUUUGUACUGCUGGAUGGCGUGGGAACCGAGCCUCGGAGGUUUCUACGCUCCCAUGGGCCUUCUGGUCUUAGUCAUGUCUGUGUACUUUCUGUGCACCUACAUCCAGCUGAAACGCCACCCAGAGAGGAAAUACGAGCUGCGAGUUCUGAGUGAGGAACAGCAGCAGCUAUCGUCCAGCGAGUCGAACCACGCUGACGCUGGGGGAGCGCCUGGCCCCGCUGUGGACUGUCCACCAUUUGCAACUGGCAUUUCAGUUCUGGCCAAUGAGCAUUCAUUUAAAUCCCAGCUACGGGCCACGGCCUUCACCCUCUUUCUGUUCCUUUCUACCUGGGCUUUGGGGGCACUGGCCGUAUCACUGGGACAUUUCCUGGAUAUGAUAUUCAGUUGCCUGUAUGGGGCUUUUUGUGUCACGCUAGGACUCUUUCUUCUCAUCCAGCACUGUGCCAAACGUGAUGACGUAUGGCACCGCUGGUGGGCUUGUUGCCCGUCCAAGUCUAAGACAGAGGAUGGCAAUGGGGAUGGACAGAGCCAGAGGCAGGAGCUCCAUCAGCCACACUGCCAGUUGAGCUCCCCGUGCUCAGGCAAGCAGCCGCUGCUCUCUCCUCACCUUGUCCAGACUUCUUACCACAAAAUGACACCACCUCCCCAGAGCCCUGCGCCCAAUCACACAGGUCCGUGCUGUGUGACCAUGAUGGGCCCCGUUACCCCAACCCCUAUCUCACCUCUCCUCGAGCGAGUGCCCUCACCACGUCCACAGUCGCUUUCUGACGAGCUCCCUCGUCCCACUCUGCCUCUGCAGAGCUGCCUUAAUAACAGAACGAAGUCACGCUCCUUCAACCGCCCACGCCCAUGCCUUCAAGACUACCGUUCUCACAUGACUUCCACUAGUAUGGACGGGAGUGUGCAUAGCUCCCACUUGGACAGCCCUCAUGCUGCGCACCACCUUGAGGGCUCACCCCUGGUUUCCAGCAGCCCUCACCCAGACAUCCAGCUUCCCUGCCCAAGCCCUCACCUGGAUAAGCAGCAGGCUUCGUGCCACAGUUUGCAACACCAGACCUCCUGUCACAGCGUACAAGACUCAAUGGCGUCCUGCCACGGCCACGCACACAACAUGCAUGACAGCAUCACUUCCUGUAACAGCCUCCUCCUGCCUUCUCACGGGGUCCACACCUGCCAGUGGCACAUGUACAGGUCAGCCGAUCACUCUUCCACCACAAGCUGCUGUGACAAACUUGAUCCCUUCACCUUGCAGUAUCAGCAAGACUCCGACACAUACAGCUGCAUGUCAAAGAUGACAGAAAAAGAAAAGGAUCAUCUCAGUGUAGAGGCGGAGCAUCAAGGCUUCCCCAGAAAUACUCUGCCUCGGCAGCACGCCACUGUCAAUCGACGAGGUACCAUCGGUCGGAACAGGAGCCUCCAGGAAGACGGCCUGUUUGGUUCAGACGCUACAGGAAACAUACGAACUGGCCCUUGGAAGAAUGAAACCACUGUAUAGUUUUCUUAUGCUUGUACUUGCCAGACCUCCUAGCAGCCCUGUAAUUCAAGUGAUGGGUCUCAAUGCCUUCAGCCUUGCCCUUAAGUCACAGGCUGAAUUUUCAGAGAGGCCUCGUAUCCUGAUGUUUCAGAACCCUUUAUAACAAAGUUAUCUUUAAGUGUUACUAAUACAUUUUUAUAAGGGACAUUAUAAUGCAAGAACGGUUCAAUUAAUGCUGAACUAAUAUUUUACUUUAUGCAGUUUAAAGUUGCAAUCAGUAAUUGCAUGGCUCUUGACGGUCACAGUGGCUCAGCAGUUAGCAUGGUUAUAGCGAGAGGGUCCUCAGUUUGAAUCCCAUCAGUACCGAUUAUAGCAGGUACAACUAAUACUCCCACCAGGUCUUCACAGAUCCAAAACCAGUGGAAAUGUGCAUGAAUUAAGUUUCUGAAAAAAA